AUGUAUAAAUAUCUCCGCAGAGCAAAAGUCCUGGAGCAAGUUAUUGAGCUGAAGAAAGAUGGCGAGGAUGACGACCUACCAGCUUGGCAGUGGCUUCAAAAACUAGUCAAGACGCUGGGAGACGGGGGUAUGAGUUCAGAAGAAAGUGAUAUCGAAAACGACGUCGAAUGUGUGCUCCGGGUCAAGAACAUGGCAUGGCGUCGCGGGAUAGAGCGAGAACUGAAUAUCAUCGAUAAUCAGAGGGUCUUGGAUAAUGAUAUUUUCAGCGCCCCAGGGUUCCAAACCAAUGAAGAGGAUAUGCGCAUUCGGGAAAUUCAAUGA